AUGGCUUCAGCACAAGUCGGAUGGAUUGGGCUUGGCUCCAUGGGCAUUGGCAUGUCCAAGAACCUGCAGAACAAACUCUCAGCCAUCGGUGCGCCACCUCUAGUGUAUACCAACAGGACGCUUUCCCGGGGCGAACCCCUGAAGGCAUUGGGAGCGGUGCCAGCGGAGACUGUCACUGAAGUUGCGCAAAAGUCGAGCAUUAUCUUUUCUUGCGUCAGCAAUGAUGCCGUGCUCAAGGAAGUCGCGCAAGAGAUCAUUGCUUCUGGUGAUAUAAGUGGCAAAGUAUUUGCAGACUGCUCGACAGUCCACCCAGACACAUCAGUCGAGGUAUCGAAAUUGAUUUCGGAGGCUGGUGGUCAAUUCGUCUCAGCCCCUGUUUUCGGAGCCUCCCCCGUGGCAGAGGCGGGCAAGCUUGUCUUCAGCGUGGCUGGCCCCGCCAAAGCCAUCGAUGCCAUCUCGCCCUACCUGAAAGACGUCAUGGGCCGAUCGGUAAUCAACAUGGGCGAGGACGUUGCCAAGUCGGCCCUGCUCAAGAUUGCGGGCAACAUUUGCGUGGUGUCGUUCAUGGAGGUCAUUUCCGAGACCCAAGUGUUUGCCGAAAAGACGGGCCUGGGCACCGACGUGGCCGGGCAGAUGCUGGGCGAGAUCUUUGGGCCCGUCAUUGACAGCUACUCGAAGCGGCUGACGACGGGCGCCUACGCCCCCGCGCCCGGCGGCAAGGCCGGCUUCGACGUGGCCCUGUCCAUCAAGGACGCCCGGCACGCGCUCAACUGCGCAAAGAGCGCCGGGGCCCAGCUCGAGGUCAGUGAGGUCGCCCUCAAGAAUAUGGAAACAGCGCAGAAGCUCCAGCCCGGCAAGCCGCUUGAUAGCAGUUCCAUGUACGGUACAAUCAGAGUGGCUUCCGGACUUGACUUUUACACCGAUCUUUGCAAGGCUCGCGAUGCUGCCAAAUAG